CGUUUACAAUUCAAAUAUCUCUUAGAAGAAGUAGUAUAAAUUUCAUUUGUGUGGCCUUUUUUUCGCUAGUUAAAUUAUUUGAAAAUGGAUUCAACCGAUAACAAUGGUUUUCCAGACAAUAUCGUCAUGGGAGAAGUGGAUUACUCUAAUUUACCCUACGUCAUUAGUUUAUUCGUUUUAAUUUUAAGUUUAUUAAUUCUGUUUUUGUGGAGAAAAACAAAGACUGCACGCACAGAUAUAUUACUGGUAGGACCAUCUGAUUCUGGGAAAACGUAUCUAUUUUCACAGUUGCUAUUUUCCGAAGACAAAGAAACAUUUACAUCGAUUGCAGCCAAUACCGGAAUUUAUAACGGUGAACAAGGGCAGAUCAAGUUUGUGGACAUUCCCGGAAACGAGCGGCUACGCAGCAAAUUCUUAGAUCAAUACAAGUAUUUGGCUAAAGGCGUUAUAUUCGUUAUCGAUAGUGUCACAUUACAACGGGAUGUUCGUGACGUUGCCGACUAUUUAUACACAAUUUUGGCCGACAACGCAUUAUCAGCCACACCGAUUUUGAUUUUAUGCAAUAAACAAGACGAGACAAUGGCCAAAGGCAGUGUAGUCGUUCAGAAUUUACUGGAAAAAGAAUUAAAUCUCAUUCGAACAACACGAUCCAGUCGUUUGCAGUCCGUUGACAAUACCGCUAAUCGUGAGGAUGUCUAUUUGGGAAAGCAGGGAAAGGAUUUCCAGUUCAGUCAUUUAACACAAAAUAUUCAAAUUGUUGAGUGUUCGGCAAAGGAACGUGAACUGAAAAAUUUAAUUGGCUGGGUCACUAGUUUGUAACGAACUGAUGGUUGAUCGAUUUCAUUGAUGUCAUAUGCAAGUCCCCUCCCCCCAAUAUUUGAUUUUGUACGUUUGUUUUGUUUUUCUUCAUCUCGGAUCUUAUUUUGGAAUUAAUGUCAAUAACCUGUGUAACACUUCCUAAUUGAAAAUUGUUGUUGAUUUAAUCAAUUCAGCAAAAUAAAUUGGAGAAACGACUGAUUCAAUCAAAUCCAAAA